AUGGAGAUGCCUGCUGAAGUUCCCCCAACGGCCGUGUCGACGAAUGCUGUCAGUCAGCCAAUCACACGACCAGGUCCGCUUCCACUGCAGAUUCCGGCAUCGCGACGAUCGAGCUACUCAUUUGAGGAGACAACGUAUGUCGAAGAGGCGUCAUUCUUUCGUAAGUCGGAACUCCACAUGAAGCGCAUCACCCAGAGAAUGUCCCGAAGAUCCGUUGACUCUGCAUGGAGCCCUGCUGACAGUCGACCUCAUGGUCUCAAUGAUAUGGAAAGGUAUAGCGAAGAGCGAGUCUCGAAGACAGCCCCGAAUGCACGAACUGGAGAAAGCCCUGAGCCGCGGCUGCCCAAGAGCACCACGCUGUCGGUUGUGGUCGAUCUCAAGCUCGACGUGCCUGGCCAUUUGGAACCGUUUCCAGCAUUUGAUUCAUUGCCAGUCAUCGAAGCACCUGAGACUCUGCCACCGCUUACAUUUGAUGCGAUCUUGGCCGAGCAGGCGUCAUUGCUAGGCGCACUCCAGCCAGAGCAGACACCGUUGUUGCCCGGCACUGCUGCUGCCAAAGGCGCAACGCUGCAAGUGCCGGAGAUGCCCCGUCUUUCCAGCCCGCCUCCUGCCAAGCAUUACACCGCACUCCUAGGGCCUCUACAGCCAACUCAGCUCGCACCUGUGCCAACGGUGCUGCGUCCAAAGGUGCCGCGUGUCGACAUCCACUAUGCUUCCACGGUCGCCAUCAACAUGUCGAAUGAGUUGCAUUUUGAGCACACCUCUACGGAGCGCAGCACGUCCUUCCUGACGCGCGCUCGGCCUCAGCGGCCGCAGUCUGAGUUAUUGCCCAGUGGUAUCACUCUUGGUCCACUUCCCGACUUUGCAGCCGAGCUCAACCAACUAGCGGACCAAGUCAUGGGCAAGCCAUCGACCAACAGCGCCAGCACAACUCAGGUUGAAGGUCCCAGCCCUCCGCCGAAGGCUGGCAUUCAGCGAAAGCCACUGCGGAAUCGCGAGCAUGCCCCUCCGCCCAUCCGCACGCUCAAGACACCCAUCAUCCCUUCGGGGAGUACGUCGUUCCUGCUCCCGGGCACGCCGACCUCACCGACCUCCCCACUGGCCAGGCCUUUCUCCCCAGAGAAGUUUCCCUUACUGGCUGAGGCGGCCAAGACCCUUGCGCUCAAGCAGCCCCUUCCGUUAGGCGAGAACACCUUGGCAGACAAGCCAAUGCUUGACCGCCCGCGACCGCGGUACUCAUCUGAUGAUUCGCCCAAGCCCUUAAUCGAGCGAUCUCGGCCCGUCGAAUGUCGUGGUCGAGACGGUUGGCUGCACAGGCGGCAGGACCCGGCGAAGCAGUGGUUCGAGGAGACCAAGGCGGAGAGGUUGGCGAGGCGGAGGAGGGAAGUUGCGGAAUGGACUGCUGGGGGCGAGGAGGAGCAGUGA